GCGCCCCAUGGGCUUCAAUGGGCUCCCCAUCAGAGGUACGGAAGAGAAGUGUGACUCCAGCAUGAUGGUGGCCCUGAGAAAGCUGCUUUCCCCACUAGCGCGCAGUGUAGAUACCCUUGGGAUCCAUGAGAUAAACGGACAGAUCUCGGGAAUCCAAGGCCACAUGUUGCAGGCUGAGAACAACUUCCAGAUGCUCCAGACCGCCCAUGCCGACCUUGUUAAGGCCACGCGUGGGAACUUUGAGAGUAUCCGCUUGAUCCAGGAGCAGGCACUCCAGCAGGCCAUCCAGGACCGUGAGAUCGCAGAGGGUAAAAUCAUGGAGGAUGUGAAGGGGAUGAUCCAGGCGAUGAAGGAUGAGAUAGCGGAGAUGAAGGGAAGUACGGCAGGGAGCUCGCUUGGUGGUACUGUCACCCCAGAUGGUCGGUUCACUCGACGUCGCGUGGAAGCCGGUGAUAUCGGCAACCCCUCUCGGCUCAUCGUGCUCGGUUUCAAGCGUGCCCUGAUGGAGAAUGCGCUUCGGCUUGCUGUGGGCCCGAUUCUGGACAAGUGCGUUACUCUGGAAGAGCGUUCGGGAAUCCAGGUCAAGGCGUUCAAUUGCAGCGAGAAGGUAUUUCUGGACUUCCCUUGCACUCUCCAGGCGUCGGCGUUCCAUGCGAAAGCAGCUGCUCUGGGCCCCUUCAAGUUCCCGAACCCCGAGGGUGGUGAGGAUCUAGAGCUCAGGAUUAGGCGCGACCUCCCCCAGACCUCUCGGAAGCUGUUCUACUAUCUUGGGAAUAUGCGUCAGCGCGUGUCUAACAUCUUCGGGCAGGAGCGCGCCGGUUCCACGGGGCUCGGGAGUACCAUCUAUGUUCUGAAUAACGGGUCGAUCCCAGUCCAUGUUUUCAUGGUCAUGAUUGCUGAUGACGGGCCCAGUGCGAGAAGCGCGACCAUGUCUAUUGACCUCGAAGGUCUGACCGAGAUAGGGCGCGUUGUGGUCGAGGGCAGGGCAUUGGUCGCCAUGCGCACGGGCGACGCGGGCGACCUUGCGAUUGUGAACGUGCACAUGCCGAACACUUGUGACGACACUUUUGAGUGCAAGCGAUAUUUGCGUGCUAUUGAGCGCGCGCUGCCGCCUGCUGCACGCUGCAUGUCGACCAUCCUGGGGGACUGGAAUCUCGUUCACAUGGAGGGCGGCAGGAGCACGAUGCACAGCGCUGGCCUGCCAUUCUCGAGCGCGCUCAGCGGCGUGAAGUUUGCCCAGACCCACCGCGGCGGCUUUUCGACCAUAGCGAGUUCCCUCGAAGCGUGCGGCACGAAGGUCAUUCUGCCCCUGGGCCCGACGGGAUCCCGUAUGGCUGCUGGGCGGCCCCCGAGGUGCCGCGGCGACCUCGGCCUGUGGUGCAAGGGGGAGCUGUUGCCGAAGGGCUUCGGCCAGUGCCAUUUCCCCCCUCUUUCCUCCCUCGCUGCCCAUCUGCUGCUGCUGCCCCCCUUCCGCAUGGCAUCGCUCUUGGCGGGCCUCGACCGCGGGGUCGAGGCCGAGCUCCUCGCCGCGAUCAAGCGCGCGAUCGAGAACCGCAAGCCGCCCGUGAAAGUCCAGCGCCCGAUCCCUGAUUUCAUCUUCCGCUCCAAGCAGUGCAAGACUCUCCUCACCAGGAUGCUGAACGAGGCUAAACUGGCCACGAUGACCGACCUUCGGCGCUUCGAUGUCACGAAGCAGAUCAUGAUCCUGGCGGCCGAGCUGUCGCGCAACGAGCUGCAGCAGCUUCCGAUGGACGCGGGCGACGUCAGCGUGCUGGAGAGUAGCUGCGCGAUGCGGCUGAGCUUCAAAGCGCCAUUAUUCGCAGUAACUAAGCAUCGCAUGAGCGGCCCCAACGCCUCGCGGCUGCUCGUGCGGCCCGAGCGCAGGAUGCUCUCGAUCGAGCCUGUUCUCGUGAAAGGCAUGCGCGCCUUCGCCUUGGCCUUGACCCGCAUCCGCGACGAAGUCGCGCCGCUGCUGCUUACCAGCGCAGGCGUGGCGCAGGGGUGCCCGCUGAGUGGCUCACUCUGGGCAUUCGGCAUGGACCCAAUCAUUCGCACGCUGGAGCUGGCGCUCCCACCAGACCCUCGCGAUGGCUCGCUCGGCGGCUGCGCGGCUCGACAGGAGUGGGGCUGUCCGGAUUGCCCCAGGGCGCCGACCUGCCCGCGCUGCCUGGGCUGCCCAGCGCUGGAAAGAAACGGGCGGAGUGUGCCGGAGCUCGUGGCCUCCCACCUGCUGACCAUCGGGGCGCAGCAUCGUGGCGACGUCUUCGGCCACGAGCGCUGGCCGUUGCACCCGUGCACUAAGGAGCAGGACGUCUGGCAUGCUGCUACCCCCGACCUCGACGAGUACCCGGAGGCAGUAGUUGUGGGCCCGGACGCUGACACCAUCAAGACUUGCCCGCUGCCUGAUGACGGGGCGAGGCCCGAUUGGCCCGCAAGGAAGUUGCACCGAAUCCGUGUCUACCCCAACCGUGGCGAGCUGGCGGCCAUGAUCAAGCGCGGCUACCGCGCGGCCGUGAAGCACGACGCUGGCGGCGCCCCGCCUGCGCUGGAGGACAUGCUGCUGCCGACGGGCGACGACGUCGCGAUCGGCGAGCUGGCCCUGGGCUGGCCUGGGCCCGCGCGCAGGGUGCGGGGCAGGCAGAGCGAGGCUGCCGGCGCCAGCGGCGCGGGCCUCCCUUUGCAGCCGCCGGCCGAGGAGCCGCCCGCCGCGCGGGCAGAGCUGCUCCCUGGCCUCCGCUGGGGCGCGAUGGGCUACAGCGGCGCGCUCUCGCCUGGCGACGAGGCCGCCUUGGACGGGCUGGCCUUUGUGCGAGCGGGGUCCAGCGACGGGCUGCUGCUAGACGGGGCCAACUACGUGCACUGCUGGGCGGCGAGGCCCGAGGCCGUGCCCGACGUCGUCGCCGAGGAGCGCGGCCGCUGGCAGCCCUGCGAGGACCCUGCGGCCGACAUCCGCACCCUGUGGGUCGAUCUUGCCAACCAGGGGGAGAGGUCCAAGUCGUGGCGGGACGUGACUCGAGAAAGUACGCAAGAGACGUUCUCCGACUCUCCCCGGGAGGGGCCAGGCGCGGCGCUCUUCCUGGCCGAGCGCUUUGAUCGGCGCGGAGGCGAUCCUCGGCAGCGUCUGCUCAUGGUUCUGAGGAGAAAGAUAGACGGUUCAGGCCGGACAUAUCACGAGAAGAAGGUGCAGUGCGACGCCCUCUACUUCGCGGGCGCGCACGACCAGCUGACCGUCGGCGCCCUCGCCUCGCUGGAGACGCCCAUGCGGCGCAUCCAGACCACCAUCGACGCGUGCCAGAACUUACGGAGGAUCACCUGGGAGCAUUCGAGGCUGCACAUGGGCGCAGGAGUCGGCGGCGCCAGGUAUUUUGACCCCCAGGUGUUGGCCCGCGCGGAAGGCUUAGUCAGGGAUUGCGAGCCCAUGCCAGAGGCCCCCUCGGCGCGGGAGGCCCUGCGGGACCUCUUGCACGGCCGGUCCCCGUGCGCGCUGGAGACUGGCUCCGCGAACCUCGCGGCAUUCAACGCCGACCUCGUGUCCUUGCCCGACGACGCGUACCACGCCUUCGUCAAGAAGCUCUGGGGCCUCGGCAUGCUCGGCGCGACGCUCGAGACGCGGGAGAAGGUCGGGGACUUCUUCGCGUGGGAGAGCAACAGGACGCGUCUCAGGCUGAUCAUAGACGCUCGGAGGAGCAACUGCAGGUUCCGCACCCCGCCAGGCGUCAGGCCGUGCACCUCGGAGGCCUUCGCAAGCAUUGAGAUCGGGAACGGCGACUUGGCGAGCCUGGAGGGCCUCGGGCUGCGCCUGGGCACGGCGGACGCGAAGGACUCGUUCCACCGGCUCAACGCCCCCGCCUGGCUCAGGCCCCUCUUCGCCUGGCCUAAGGUGCCUGCGCGGGUGCUGGGGCUGAGCGAGCUGGGCGGCGCGCAGCUCAGGCCCACCGACGCGGCGUGGCCCACGUCGGCCUCCACGUGCAUGGGAUUCGCGUGGUCGCUGUUCUUCGCUCAGAAGGCCGACGCGCGGCUAGCGGCUGCCGCGCCCAGCCUGCGCGGGCCCGAGUUCGCGCGCGACCGGUCGCCCCCCCUGGCGCCGCCCGAGGGCCGCCCCCGGCGCUGCGUGCACGUGGGCAGCCUGGGCGCCUUCGCCCGCGACCAGAGCGCUGCCGAGCGCGCUGUCCAGGAGUGGAAGGCGGACUUCGAGAGUCACGGGUUGGAGCUACACGGGGGCGAGGCGACCGUGCUAGAGCGGACUGCGAGGGCGCUGGCUCGCGCGAGCAACAAGGCGACUCGGCCGCGGCCCGCGGGUCAGGACGGGCUGGACUGCGCCCCAGCAGCGGGGCAGGCGCCGCGGGGGCGGGCCAGCGACAGCUCGAGCGGCAGGCCCCCGUCCGAGCCCGAGCCCGGCGCCGUCGGCGGAACGGCGCGGGGGCUGGCGAGGAUGUCGCGGCGUCGACUGGCCGAGUACCUGGGGGUUGCGCUGGGCUUCGCGAGGGAGGGGCUCAGCCUGCUGGAGGCCAUGGCGGUGUCGGACAACGCGCGGCGCUGCUACUCGAGCCACCUCCUGGACUUCGAGCGAUUCGCCAAGGGGCACGACCCAGCGCUCGCGGGCGACGGCGACGUGGUCGACUGGCUCGUGAAGUUCUCCAACGCGAGCUCCCUCGGUGGACGGCAGCCGGAUUGCGGGAAGAGGGUGCUGGCAGCUUUUGCGGUCCGCCACCCGGACUUCACCAAGGCCGGGUGGCCGCGGGCCUGGCGCUGCCUACGCGGGUGGCGCCGCCCGGCCCUUGGCCGCUCGAUGCGGCGCCUGCCUCAGGCGGUGUGGAAGGCGAUUGCCGCCGACCUCUGCCUGCGGGGCCACAGGCUGCUGGCCGUGGCGGUCUUGCCGGGCGUGGGGGCCCACCUGCGGCGCUGGUCGCCGAUCGGCGGCCCUCAGACGGGGAGCAUCACCGCCAAGACAGGGGCUAUGGACGACAGCGUGGUGCUGGGCUGCAAGUGGCAACAGGGGCUGACGCCACUCUGGUCGGCGUUGGCGGGGGCCCCUCGCGGGAAGCCGAUCUGGCCCUUCACGUACACAGAGCUGGCGAAGGAGUUCAAAGAGACGCGCAGCCGACUCGGUGUCCCCGCGGCGCCCUGCAUGCUGAGGCACAGCGGCCCUGGCAUCGACAGGUCGGUCGUGCGGCACGAGAAGGCGACGCGGCUGAGCAGGGCGUGGCGCGACUUCCCGAGGGUCAGCCAGAGGCGGUGCGAGGCGCUCGCCGCGCGCCUCGAGGAGCUACUGCUGCGUGGCGCAGACCGCGCUGCCAGCGGCACGGGGCGCCGCUGUGGAGUCAGUAUCUGGGAGAUUUUUUCGCUGGCGAAGACGGCGUCGCCCGCGCCAGCCGCCGCCUGGGCGUUCCCGCACGCGCGGCUUCUGCAGCGCAGCCGGGUGUAA